AAAUUAAACUGCAGGAGGGCCAACUGUGCUUCCAACCACUUGGCCCGCAGAUCUUCUUGUCUGAAGUCCUCAGUGAGGAGAGGCCUUUCGCUCCUAUGGAGAGACACAGAGGAGCAUAAGCCGGAUUCGCAGGUUUGCCGGUACAAGGAGUACUCAACCCCCAGUUGGGAUUGUGCAGCCAGUGGAAAUAUUUCUCCGGGAUUAAGGUGUGUUGGAGUCUCCAGGAUGGCAGCAAACUCGGAGGCGUCCAAGCCGGUCAUCAUGAAUGAAGAGGAGCUGAAAAGGAAGCAGCGGGAGAAGCUGAAGAAGUUACAGGCCACGGGCGGCAACCCAAGACCUGCCAGAUCCCUCUUCUUCUUCACUCUUAAAAACCCCUUCCGCAAGGCCUGUAUCAACAUUGUGGAGUGGAAAACCUUUGAGAUUAUCAUCUUACUGACCAUCUUUGUAAACUGCGUAGCUCUGGCCGUGUUCCUGCCCAUGCCUGAAGAAGACAGCAAUUACACCAAUUCCAGCUUGGAAAGUCUGGAGUACAUCUUCAUGAUCAUCUUCACAUUGGAGUGCUUUCUGAAGAUUGUCGCAUAUGGCUUUGUGUUCCAUGAAGGUGCAUAUUUACGGAACUGCUGGAACAUAUUAGAUUUUGUCAUCGUCUUCAUGGGUCUGGUCACCUUUGCCUUGGAUACCAUCAAUACGAUAGCAGGAGUUCCCAUGGAGAAAGGAGGCGGCUUUGACAUGAAAGCCCUGAGGGCCUUCAGGGUUCUGCGACCCUUGCGCCUUGUCUCUGGAGUCCCCAGCCUGCAGGUGGUGAUGAACUCCAUCCUCAAGGCCAUGCUUCCUCUGCUGCACAUCGCCCUGCUGGUCUUCUUACUGGUCACCAUUUAUGCCAUCAUGGGACUGGAGCUCUUCAAGUGCAAAAUGCAUAAAACCUGCUAUUACACGGGCACAAAUAUCUAUUCAACCGCCGAGGGGGAGAUACCUGCACCCUGCGCUCAGGCCGGGAACGGACGGCGCUGCAUGGUUAACGGCUCCGAGUGUCGGCCGGGCUGGGAAGGUCCCAACAACGGCAUCACCCACUUUGACAACAUCGGCUUCGCCAUGCUAACAGUCUACCAGUGUAUCACAAUGGAGGGAUGGACUAAAGUUCUCUACUGGAUAAACGAUGCGAUCGGAAAUGAAUGGCCUUGGGUCUACUUUGUUCCUCUCAUUCUUGUGGGCUCUUUCUUUGUGCUCAAUUUGGUUCUGGGUGUCCUCAGUGGUGAGUUUACCAAAGAGCGGGAGAAAGCCAGAUCCAGAGGAGAGUUCCAGAAGUUGCGGGAGCGUCAGCAGCUGGAUGAGGACCUGCACGGCUACAUGGAGUGGAUCACCCAUGCUGAAGUCCUGGAUGCUGACAGGGAAGGCAAAGGUCUCCUGCCUUUGACCAGUGGGGACUCGGACACUGACAGCCUGUACGACAUGGAGGGCAAGAGUCGAGUGAUCUACUACUAUCGCUUGGUUCGUCGUUGGAACCGCUUCUUCAGGAUGAAGUGCCUGGUUUACGUGAAGACCAGAUGGUUUUACUGGCUGGUGAUGUUCCUCGUCCUCCUCAACACGCUGACCAUCGCCACCGAGCACCACCACCAGCCCGCGACGCUCACUUCAAUUCAAGAUGUGGCAAGCCGUGUGCUCCUGGUGCUUUUUGUCAUCGAGAUGUUUGUGAAAAUGUACGCUCUGGGUCCCCGGGCGUAUUACAUGUCGCUGUUCAAUCGUUUUGACUUCUUCGUGGUGCUUUGCGGCAUCCUGGAGAUGAUUAUGUUGGCGGUGGGAGAGGUGACCCCGUUGGGUUUCUCGGUACUCAGGUGUAUUCGGCUUCUGAGGAUCCUUAAAGUCACAAAGUAUUGGACCUCUCUGAGUAACCUUGUAGCCUCCCUGCUCAACUCUGUUCGCUCCAUUGCCUCACUGCUCCUCCUCCUCUUCCUCUUCAUCGUCAUCUUCUCAUUGCUUGGCAUGCAAGUGUUUGGGGGGAAAUUCAACUUCCCCGACAACAGGCCCAGACGGAGUAACUUUGACAACUUCCCUCAAGCGCUCAUUAGUGUCUUCCAGAUCUUAACAGGAGAGGAAUGGACAGCCAUUAUGAACAAUGGCAUCAUGGCCUAUGGCGGACCAGUUUUCCCUGGCAUUCUGGUUGCCAUCUACUUCAUCGUCCUCUUUGUCUGUGGAAACUACAUUCUUCUCAACGUCUUCUUGGCCAUUGCGGUCGACAACCUUGCCGAGGCUGAGAGUUUGACCUCAGCUCAGAAAGAAAAGGCAGAAGAGAAGUUGAGGAGGAAACUGCUGCGGUCCAAAAUGCCCGACAAGACAGAUGAGGAGAGGGAGAGGAUCUCCAAGAAACUGGCUGAGCAGCGAGCCAAGAUUGAGGGCAUGCCAACGACAGCCAAGCUCAAAAUCGAUGAGUUUGAGUCCAAUGUCAAUGAAGUGAAAGAUCCUUUCCCCCCUGCAGACUUCCCAGGUGACGAUGAGGAGGAGGAGCCUGAAAUCCCCAUCAGCCCUCGACCGCGACCCAUGGCCGACCUGCAGUUGAAGGAAGAAGCCGUUCCGUUGCCUGAAGCCAGCUCUUUUUUCAUCUUUGGCCCACAAAACAAGUUCCGUAAACUGUGCUACAAGAUCAUCAACGCCUCCUCUUUUACUAAUCUCAUCCUGCUGUUCAUCCUACUGUCCUCCAUCUCCCUGGCAGCGGAAGACCCCAUUGAUCCCAAUUCCUACAGAAACCAGAUUUUGGCCUAUGCUGACAUUGUCUUCACGACCGUCUUCACCAUUGAGAUUGUAUUGAAGAUGACCGUUUAUGGGGCAUUCAUGCACGAGGGCUCAUUUUGUCGCAACUCCUUCAACAUCCUGGAUCUGAUUGUGGUUGGAGUCUCGCUGCUCUCGAUGGGCAUGGAAUCCAGUGCCAUCUCCGUGGUGAAGAUUCUCAGGGUGCUCAGGGUGCUGAGGCCUCUCCGGGCUAUCAAUCGGGCGAAAGGCUUAAAGCACGUGGUCCAGUGUGUGUUCGUGGCUAUCAAAACCAUCGGAAACAUCGUCCUGGUUACCAUGCUGCUAAAUUUCAUGUUCGCCUGCAUAGGUGUGCAACUUUUCAAGGGCAAAUUCUAUAGCUGCACGGACGCAUCCAAAAUAACAGAAGAGGAAUGCCAGGGAUUCUUCAUCAAGCACAUUGAGAAUUCUCUGCAGGACACGGUCGUGGCCAAACGCGAAUGGCUGAACAAUGACUUCAACUUUGACAACGUGCUCUACGGCAUGCUGGCUCUCUUCACCAUUUCCACCUUUGAGGGCUGGCCCAAACUCUUGUAUCGAGCCAUAGACUCGGACGAAGAAGACAUGGGGCCCGUCUUCAACAACCGGGUGGAUGUCUCCAUCUUCUUCAUCAUCUACAUCAUCCUCAUCGCCUUCUUCAUGAUGAACAUCUUUGUGGGCUUUGUCAUCGUCACCUUCCAAGAGCAAGGCGAGCAGGAGUACAAGGACUGCGAGCUGGACAAAAACCAGCGCCAGUGUGUGCAGUACGCCUUGAAGGCGCGACCGCUGAGGUGCUACAUCCCGAAAAACCCGUACCAAUACCGCGUUUGGUACAUCGUCACCUCCUGCUACUUUGAGUACCUCAUGUUCUUCCUCAUUAUGCUCAACACUUUGUGUCUGGGGAUGCAGCACUGUGACCAGUCGGACCACGUGACCAAGCUGUCGGACAUUCUCAACUUGAUCUUCACCGUGCUCUUCACCGUGGAGAUGAUUCUCAAGCUCAUGGCCUUCAAAGCAAAGGGUUACUUUGGAGACCCCUGGAACGUGUUUGACUUCAUCAUUGUCAUCGGCAGCGUCGUUGACGUCAUCCUGAUUGAAGUGGACAGCGCCCUCGCUGCCAGUGGAGGACUGUACUGUCUCCAAGGCUGUGCUGACACAAAUCCCAUGCAAGAAAUAGCAGCCUCGGAAAACGCCUCCGUUUCGAUCACCUUUUUCCGACUCUUCCGUGUCAUGCGCCUGGUGAAACUUCUGAAUCGCUCUGAGGGCAUCCGGAACCUCCUGUGGACCUUCAUCAAGUCCUUUCAGGCUCUUCCCCACGUGGCUCUCCUCAUCGUCAUGCUCUUCUUCAUCUACGCCGUUAUUGGCAUGCAGAUUUUCGGGAAGAUCGCCUUAGUGGACGGCACCGAGAUCAAUCGCAACAAUAACUUCCAGACGUUCCCUCAAGCGGUUCUCAUGUUAUUUCGAUGUGCCACUGGUGAAGGCUGGGAGGAAGUCAUGAUGGCAUCAAUGUACGGGAAGAAGUGCGACCCCAAGUCUGACUUUCAGCCCGGAGAAGAGUACACCUGCGGCUCCAACUUUGCCGUCUUCUACUUCCUCAGUUUCUACUGUCUCUGUGCCUUCUUGAUCCUCAACCUGUUUGUUGCUGUCAUUAUGGACAAUUUCGACUACCUGACGCGUGACUGGUCACUGCUCGGCCCGCAUCACCUGGAUGAGUUUAAGAAGAUUUGGGCUGAAUAUGACUCCGAGGCCACAGGCAGAAUUAAACAUCUGGAUGUGGUGACGCUGCUGAGACGCAUCCAGCCUCCUCUGGGCUUUGGCAAGUUCUGCCCACAUCGCGCAGCCUGCAAGCGAUUGGUUGGCAUGAACAUGCCACUCAACAGUGACGGCACGGUCACCUUCAAUGCCACCCUCUUUUCCUUGGUCAGGACAGCACUGAAAAUCAAAACAGAAGGAAACUUUGAGCAGGCCAAUGAGGAGCUUCGAGCCAUCAUCAAGACCAUCUGGAAGCGCACAAGCAUGAAGUUGUUGGAUCAGGUCAUUCCUCCAAUAGGCGAUGACGAGGUCACCGUGGGGAAAUUCUACGCCACUUUUCUACUCCAGGAUCAUUUCCGAAAGUUCCUAAAGCACCAGGAAGAGUACUACGGAUACCGGCCAAAUAAGAAGAGUGCCUCUGGACCGGAGAUCCAGGCAAGGAAGCCCUUCGCCUUGGAAGGAGUUGAAUGGGUGCGGAAUUAUCUUGCGAUGUCAUCACGUGUCCACUUUGUGAUCCCGCAGGCAGGUUUAAGGAGCAUCGAGGAUGAAGUGACUGCAGAAAUGCACAGGGCCAUUUCUGGAGACCUGCAGAAUGACGAGGACAUGGACAGAGCUAUGCAGGAGGCUGCAGAGGAGCACAUUUACCAGCGUACGCACGGCUUGUUUGGGAAUCGGAUUGAGCCGUUCUCUCCCGAGAACGCCAACGCUCCGCCCCCGCAUAUGACCAACCAGCGGCCCCUCAAAUUCUUGGAAAACCAGCCCGAGCCGGCACUGAUCGCCUCCCCCACUGAGCCCGUCAUCGACUUUCUCCCGACAACUGCCCCCAAAAGCAACGUCAACAACAACGCCUUUGCGGAAUUGGCUUUGCCAACACGAGGCAGUCCUGAAGACUUGGACAGUCCCAAUGAAGAUGUCGAGGGAGAUAACCUCCCCUCAUGGGACUUCACAGUGAGAACAGACAGAACACAGUUCCCCUAUGAACCGAGGCUCAGCGACAGUCCAAAUUCUGACGACGCCAGGAUGGAGAUGGCCGAAGACGAGCACACCACAAUCGAGGACCUUGAAGGCGCGGCUCGGGCUAUCCUCAAGAAGAAGCGACGCAUACCCGUGCCUCCUCGCACCCCCACGCUGCCGCCGCAGCAGUCGGAGCGGCCCGACCCGGCCGUGAGGAGGAAGAAACGUCCCGUUCCCACGACUCCCGCCGCUCACACUCAGCGCAGGGCCCAGCCGCCUGAGGCCGACGCCAACGUUUAGAGACGUGACCAUCCGCAAGAUCAUCACUGACGGACUAGCACUCCAUUGUUAGGAAAAUAACGUCAAACUGUUUUUCUCCAUCUGUGGUCAUUUGAGUCAGUCAUUAUCCAUGACAUCUUGGUUCCAUUCACCAAGCUGGCAAUGCAAUUGUUAGUCAUGAUGCAGCUCAGAUUGAAGUUCCACGUCUGGCUAUUGCCAUCACUUUUACAAAGUUUCGCGAGAGUGGAGUGUCGAAUCUCGUGUGACCUCACAUACGGUUCUCAACUGCAGGAACGUUGUUGACAUUUAGUCAUAGUUUUGCAGAUUGUUUUGGUACAACUCCAAAUGAGGCCAUUGUAUUUGAUUUAAUACCUCUCUGACAAAUUCAAAGUCGGCAUCAUUAUCUGGCUACGGGCAAAUUGUUUCGCAACACUGUACCUGAAUUGUCGUAAACACUUGCUCCUGUUCAGUGAGAAACAAGUUCAAUG